AUGAAACGAAGAGAGCGUAGUUGGAUGUAUGAUAAACGCGAGGGACGCUUUCUCAAGACUGAGUUUGUGAAUGGAGUUCGAGAUUUUAUUGAAUUCGCACAACAAAAUCAUAAAUUCAAAGACGCUGAGAAAAUUAGAUGUCCAUGCUUUCGGUGUAACAACAAACGAUUCUUUGAUGUUGACAUUGUUAGAGAACAUCUUUAUAAAAAAGGAUUUUGUCAUGACUAUUUUGUUUGGCUAUGUCACGGGGAAACUGUUGACGAACCCCCAUCGGAGCCAUCAAAUCCUUAUCGAGACAUGAUUGUUGAUGCUCUUGGACAUAAUGAAGAAAAUCCAAACAAUGAGCAAAUAAAUAAUGUCGAAGAGGAGCCAAAUGACGAAGCUAAGAAAUUUUUUGAGCUCCUUAAAGCUGCUGAUAGCCCGUUGUACGAAGGGAGCAAAGUAUCUGUCUUGGAGAUGGCAUCAAGAAUAAUAUCUUUGAAGUGUGAGUACAAUUUACCACACAGGUGUGUUGAUGGAUUUGCAUCUUUAUUUAAUGAAGUGAUUCCAAAUAACAACCAAAUGAGUACAACGUUCUAUGAUACUAAGAAAGUUCUUAAAGGCUUACAACUCCCACAUGAGAAGAUACAUGCAUGUCGUAACGGUUGUAUGCUAUUUUGGAAAGGCGAUGCACAUUUAGUGAACUGUAGUGUAUGUGAGUGUGAUCGCUACAAGAAGACUCCUAAAGGCAAGCUUAUUCCAGAAAAGGUCCUAACAUAUUUUCCUAUCAAACCCCGAUUGCAAAGGCUUUAUGCGAGAAAGAAUAUUUUAGAGAAAAUGACAUGGCAUGCCAAACAACCUCGGGUUCCGGGUACUAUGGAACAUCCUAGUGAUAGUGAGGCGUGA